AUGACCUACUGCACUGCCCUGGCCACUGUUCAGCUCUCCAGGCCCUCCUGCGAGCUCUUUCAAGGGAACAAGACCCAGAGGCCAGGAGACUGUGGAUUAGCUCCGGCGGAGGCUUAUUUGCAUAUUUUUCUCUCGGCAGCCUCCCUGGGCGACAGGCUGACCGUCGGGGACACGGGCCUGGACAGAGAGCAGCUGUGUGGCCAGGCCCCUCAGUGCGUGCUGGCCUUCGACGUGGUCAGCUUCUCCCAGGAGCAGUUCUGGCUGGUGCACGUGGAGGUGGAGGUGAGGGACAUCAAUGACCAUGCGCCGCGCUUCCCCCGGGCCCAGAUUCCAGUGGAGAUGUCCGAGGGCCCUGCGGUGGGCACGCGCAUCCCCCUGGAGGUGCCCGUGGACGAGGACGUGGGCGCCAACGGGCUGCAAAGCGUGUGCCUGGCCGAGCCCCACAGCCCCUUCCAAGUGGAGCUGCAGACGCGCGCGGACGGUGCCCAGUGCGCCGACUUGGUGCUGCUGCAGGAGCUGGACCGCGAGAGCCAGGCCACCUACAGCCUGGGGCUGGUGGCCCAGGACGGCGGCCGCCCGCCGCGCUCCGCCACAGCCGCCCUCAGCGUGCGCGUGCUGGACGCCAACGACCACAGCCCGGCCUUCCCUCAGGGCGCCGUGGCCGAAGUGGAGCUGGCGGAGGACGCGCCCGUGGGCUCGCUCCUGCUAGACCUGGACGCGGCGGACCCCGACGAGGGCCCCAACGGCGACGUGGUGUUCGCCUUCGGGGCCCGCACCCCGCCCGAGGCGCGCCGCCUCUUCCGCCUGGACCCGCGCUCCGGCCGCCUCACCCUGGCGGGGCCCGUGGACUACGAGCGCCAGGACACUUACGAACUGGACGUGCGGGCGCAGGACCGCGGCCCCGGGCCCCGCGCCGCCACCUGCAAGGUCAUCGUGCGCCUCCGCGACGUCAGUGACAACGCUCCAGACAUCUCCAUCACCCCGCUGGCCGCCCCGGGCGCGCCUGCUGCCUCGCCCUUCGCCGCCGCCGCCGCUCUUGGCGGAGCGGAGGCGACCUCUUCGACCGGGCCUGGGACGCCGGAGGCGAGCGCCGUCUCGCUGGUGCCGGAGGGGGCGGCGCGCGAGAGCCUGGUGGAGCUGGUCAGCACCUCGGACAGGGACUCGGGCGCCAACGGGCAGGUGCGCUGCGCCCUCUACGGGCACGAGCACUUCCGGCUGCAGCCGGCCUACGCGGGCAGCUACCUGGUGGUGACCGCGGCGUCCCUGGACCGCGAGCGCAUCUCCGAGUACAACCUGACGCUGGUGGCCGAGGACCGCGGCGCGCCCCCGCUGCGCACCGUGCGGCCCUACACGGUGCGUGUGGGCGACGAGAACGACAACGCGCCGCUCUUCACGCGGCCGGUCUAUGAGGUGUCAGUGCGCGAGAACAACCCGCCCGGGGCCUACUUGGCCACGGUGGCCGCCAGGGACCCGGACCUGGGCCGCAACGGCCAGGUCACCUACAGGCUGCUGGAGGCCGAGGUGGGCCGGGCUGGGGGCGCCGUGUCCACCUACGUCUAGGGGGACCGCGUCACGGGGCGGCUGCGCGCACGACGGAGUUUCAACCUCGAGGAACUGGCCAGCCUGUAGCUAGGGCUGGAGGCACUGGACGGCGGCUCGCCGCCGCUGCGAGGCCGGGCCACGGCGGGGCUGCAGAUGCAGGGCCGGGACGAGCGCGCGCCCGGACUGGUGACCCCGCGACUCGUCGAUGGCUCAGCCCUGCUGCCUCUGCCCUGGAACGCGUCCCUCGGCUCCCUGCCGACUCGACAGCAGGCUAGGGACGCGGACAAAGGCCUUGACGCGCAGCUGACUUACCUCCGGCUCCGCAGCGACGGCGGCCCCGGGGAGCUAUCGCUGCAGCGCCUGCGGUCCCCGCAGCCCGCCGGUCCGCUGACGGCGGUCGUCGCGGCGCUGGACGAAGGCCGGCUGGCCCCGCGGCGCUCGCGCGCGGUGCUCCCGGUACCCGCGCUUCCUGCACCACCUGGCGGACAAAUGGUGCUGGUGCCACGGCCGGCGCCGGCGCCGCCGCCGAACCCGGAAGGGGCGCGCAGAGCGGCUUUCGGCCAGCCCCUGCGGCCUUCUCCUGGUGGCCGUGGUCACCGUGACUUGGUCCCGCCCGGGCCGCGGAGGAGGAAGCUUUGGGAGCGCGACCGGAACUGGUGCAACGCAAGCAGUGAAUGGCCAGGCCGCUCCAAGUCGCAGAGGGUCAGGGGCUGUGACUCUGGGGCUUCGGCCUGA